CGAGAAGUUUUGCACACGAAUUGAGGGGGCAAUUCAGCGUUAGCUUUGAGCUGAAUCGAAACGAGGUAGACGGAUAGGAGUGAAGCGAGCCGGCAACGAACGAGGACAGAGUACAGCGAGUGGCGAGCCGUCUGGGUCACGGCGGGGUCGCUCGCUGGAAAUCCUCAUUUGGCGCUGUACGAUGUCAGGCAAGAUGGCUGUGGUGGGCGAGCUCCAAUCUGGAACCUGUGGAAUGGAGGCAGCGAGCUUCGGCAAAUAUAGCAUCCUGUGCUUCAUUUUCAGGGAAGUUGCAACAGAGAUUGCGAAGGAUCGGUCUUUGAUGGUGGGCCUUCAUUUCGGCUAUAGCGCCUGAGAGUGAGUCGGAGGAGGACCGAGCUCGGCUGAUGGCGUCCUAGCAGGUAUCACCGGAGGGAAGAGUGGAGAUACUGGAGGCGGAGGUACUGAUUUUCAACAGAUUGUAGUGGCGGCCGGAAAAACGUGAGAGAAGUGAGGAGAGAUUGUAGUGCUGAUAAUGUGUUGUAGGGAGAAUGGUGCCGGUAGCUUCAUUAUCAUAUGUCUUUUAAACAGGAAGUUACAGUUUAGAAGGACGGGCCAAUGACUCAUAAUACAUGAGGAUUCCCAUACUGGUUGAGAGAGGUACCCAACAUCACAUUCCGUUCUUACAAUGAGCCAUACAUGUUUCACAUGAAGAAGUACUCGGAGAUGGUAGUGAACAUGAUGAAAAAGGAAAACUUAUUUGCACCCCAAGGAGGCCCCAUCAUUUUGGCCCAGAUUGAAAAUGAGUACAGCAAUGUGCAAGCUGCAUAUAGGGAACAAGGGAAAAAGUAUAUUAACUGGGCAGCAGAUAUGGCUGUUGGUCUCUACAAUGAAAUUCCCUGGAUCAUGUGCAAACAAAAGGAAGCCCCCUCUGCUGUGAUCAACACUUGCAAUGGAAGACACUGCGCAGAUACAUUCCAAGGCCCAAAUGGUCCAAACAAGCCUUCUUUGUGGACAGAAAACUGGACAGCUCAAUACAGAACGUUUGGAGACCCUCCCUCCCAAAGAGCAGCCGAAGAUAUCGCCUUUUCUGUCGCUCGCUUCUUCGCCAAGAAUGGAACUUACGUUAACUACUACAUGUACUAUGGUGGGACAAACUUCGGACGAACGGCUUCUUCGUUUGUUUCAACUCGCUACUACGACGAAGGUCCUCUAGACGAAUACGGGUUGUUUAGGGAGCCAAAGUGGAGUCACCUAAGAGACGUUCAUAGAGCAUUGAGGUUGGCGAAGAAGGCUUUGCUUUGGGGAACUCAGUCCGUACAAAAGGUGAGCACUGAUUUGGAGAUCACAGUUUACGAGAACACAAACCUCAAAGUGUGUGUGGCGUUCUUGACCAAUAACCACACCACAAAGCCAAACAACAUCAACUUCAGGGGGAAAGACUAUUUCCUUCCUGAGAAGUCUGUUAGCAUUCUUCCAGACUGCAAGACUGUCGUUUUCAACACUGAGUCUGUCGUUUCGCAACAUAAUGCAAGAAACUUUCAUCCUUCCAAGAUCGCAAGUAACCUUAGGUGGGAGAUGUACAAAGAAAACAUUCCCACAGUGGAUAACUUAUCACAAAAGAGCCAGACACCGCUCGAACUUUAUACCCUCACAAAAGACACCACAGAUUAUGCCUGGUAUAGCACGAGAAUUGAAUUCAAUCGGCGUGACUUGCCAAUGAGGUCCGACAUCCUUCCAGUCCUCCAGGUUGCAAGUCUAGGUCAUGCUUUGCUUGCAUUUGUAAACGGAGAAUAUGUUGGAUUCAAACAUGGGAAUAACAUCGAGAAGAGCUUUGUGUUCCGAAAGCCAGUUCAAUUGAAGCCUGGAACUAAUGACAUCACAUUCUUGGGCCAGCUUGUUGGUUUCCCUAAUAGUGGCGCCUACAUGGAGAAGAGGUUUGCUGGACCAAGAGCUGUGACCCUCCAGGGUUUGAUGUCUGGAACCCUCGAUAUCACAAUGAACAGCUGGGCACACUCGGCUGGUAUUUCCGGAGAGAAACUGCAAAUAUACACAGAAGAUGGCGUCGAUAAAGUGCGGUGGUCUCCGCUCACUAAUGACGCACACGGACCCAUGACUUGGUACAAGACAUACUUUGAUGCUCCGGAAGGGAAAAAACCCCUAGCUCUCAGAUUGAGCAAAAUGUCAAAGGGUAUGAUUUGGGUCAACGGCAGAAGCAUCGGUCGCUAUUGGGUUUCUUUCCUAUCCCCUCUCAAACAGCCAACUCAAUCGGAGUAUCAUGUACCAAGAGCAUUUUUGAAGCCAAAAAAUAACCUGAUGGUGGUGCUGGAGGAGACCGGAGGAGAUCCAGAGAGCAUAGAGGUGGUGACGGUGAACAGAGACACCAUCUGCAGCUACGUGUCCGAUCACUUCCCCCCGCAUGUCAAGUCAUGGGAACGGAAAGGCGACGAGUUCCGGCAGAUCACCGAAGACGAUUUGAAACCUGCUGCCCGGCUCACCUGCCCGGACGACAAGAUCAUCAAGAAGAUCGAUUUCGCCAGCUACGGUGACACCCUCGGCGCGUGUGGGAACUUCGCUGUCGGGAACUGCACCGCUCCCAACAGCGUGAAAGUGGUGGAGAAGGCAUGUUUGGGGAAGAACCACUGCCGAGUUCCGGUAGAGAAGAGUUUGUUCGAGGAUUCUUCUUCUUCAUCGUGUGCUGCCCUUGGUUUCAGGACUCUGGCCAUCCAAGCAAGAUGCAGCCGCCAGGGUAAGGAUAAUGAGUAAUUACUUAGGCACACUAAAUCUAAGCACCGCCAGAUCAGAUGGUUCUGCUCCUCUUGCUGCUGCUUUUCUUUCUUAGACAUUACUAACUUAUAAGCAACUUUUUCCAUAUUUGGUGUACCUAGCUAGUUUUUUUGAUUCGUGGGAAAAAAAUUUCCUGUACGUAGAUGGUUGAAAUAAACAUGUACUAGUCAAAGAUACAGUAGUUAGAGAGAGAGACAUGAUAAUUGAUUUGGUUGAUGUAUAAGAAAAAACAUUUCAGAUCAAUAAGUCCUUUUGCUGUUCACAGUUCAACAAAUGAAUGAGCAACUACAACCAUUU